AUGCCUAAAAAAGCAAAGACAGAACCCAAAGGGCCGCCCUGUUCACACACGUACGAUGCCACAAAGACAAUUCCCGUCGAUAUCGACAUCGCCGUAGCAACUCUUGCUGACGCACAUGUUGUCCUACAGGAUCACGCGGAUCACCUCCUCAUCCAUGGCUAUCUCAAAUUGUCCACUCAGUACUCCAGCAAUCCAGUCCAAGACCCUUCUGCAACUGGUCGAAAGGUUAAUCGAGUAGAACAAGUUGACUUGGCCAUUGAGAAAAUCUUCCACACCAGUGAUUGGAAAGGAGGACGUCCGCUGCAGCCUAUGAUCGAUGUACUCCAAGACGAGUAUACAAGGAAAUGGGGUGGGACCAAUGCCGUCUAUCACGACUUGGCCAGAACGUAUCCUGAGCACAGAGAGGAGAUCGCUGACAAGCGAGGCAAGCAUUUUGGAGCAUCCAUAUUGAUCCAGGAUCUUCAAACUCACUGUGUCGACCUUCGUCGAUUUGCCAGACGGCUUGACAGCUAUUCCUCUACAAGCCCCUUACCCUUGCUACUCGAAAUGGAGGUCCACGGCAAACCUCAUGCUCAGCUGCCAAAACUGGCUCGCGAGGCUCUGCGCAGAAUGACUUGUGAAGACCCCUCUCAGCCUGGGUCAGAGAAGGACCUGUUAGCCGCGGAACUCCUCCCUGAGUGCAACCUCGUCAUCGGAAUCGCCAGCCAGAUAUCCGAGUGGAAGGAGAAGGCCGCGCAAGUCACGCAAGCCCUGAAUGAACUGCUGGAACUGCAUUCGUACAUGGAGAAUUCGCUCUGGGAGGGCGUCGACAAGCCCGAGCUCCUGCUCGAAAGAGUCUUCCUCUUCCAGGAGAGCACGGUCAUGGCCCUCAUGCGCGACGAGAUCUGUAUCGCAGCCGCCGUCGAGCGCCAACUCAGAGCGUGCAAUGUCCUCUCCUUCACCAGGAUAGACAAGAGAUUUUUGAUCAAGAAUGCGCGAUUCAUGGCGAAAGUCAUCAAGGCCGAGGAUAUCUUCAUGGAGGUUAGGCGGCUUCUUUCCCGGUUACAGCAGAAGUUUGAUUUGGUAGUGCGUUUGCCGAUGAAUGGGUCCUAA